CUUUUUCAAAACAUGAAAAGUAUAUUUACUAUUUAAAAUAUUAACUAUACAAAUCGAACUAAAGUUAGUUCAAAGGAAAAUCAAAUAACUUUUUAUAUUGCAACUAAAUGUGACUAUAUUAAAUUAUAAUAAAUAACAAAGAUUUUUGAUGGUUUAAGCUUUUUCAAACUUUUGGGUUAUGUUUUGUUUUUAGUUACGUUCUGUAAAAAACAUUUGUCAAUAUCGAAAACUAUUAUUAUUAACUUAAUUUUAACUUGAAGCAAGUUAUGCAACGGAAACCGUGUUAUUUUUAUUAACAGUGUAAAGAUUAUCAUUAGAUUUCUAAAUGCUUAGAGAAAAUGUUUUAGAGUAUACAUUUUUCAUUACUUUUUGACAGAGAGAGAAAGGAAAAAUGACAGAAAAUAAAUUUGUGUCGUCUCUCCAGAGCAAAGGUAGUGCCAAAAGACGAGAAAUAAAAGAUAAAACUGCUAGUUAUCGUAUUGGUCCAGCACCUGUAAAUGACAGCAUUUUGUCAACUAAAACUGAAGCCUCUUCUCCAGGCAGCUUAGAUAGUGACAUGGAUGAUAUCGAGUUUGAUGAAACAAACAACAGCCUUUCUAAAGCAGGUUGCAAAGGUUUACUGAUGUAUUUUUCUAAGUUGGGUCAUUCUAACGAAGAUAACUCUAUUGAUAUAGAUUUUGUCGAAUCUCUAUUAAGAGGAGGUGCGGAUAUAAAUUUUUCAGAUAAACAUGGUCAAUGCGCAAUGCAUGAGAUUGCGAGGGGGUGGAAUAUAAUAUCGGCAAUUUUUGUUAAAGAAAAAGGUGCCGAAAUCAACAAAGAAGACAAGUACGGCAGAACUCCUUUACAUCUAGCUGCGGCUGUAAACCACUAUGAAAUGGUAGAAUGGCUCAUUAAAAAUGGCGCAAUAGUGGACGCAUUUACUAAAGGUGAGAACCAAACACCUCUUCAUUAUGCUGCGAAGAACAAUGCUGUAGAUAGUGUUCGAGUAUUGCUAAACUUGGGUGCAGAUAUUGGUGCAAGAGAUUAUAAAUCAAGAACAGCGUUAUUUGUUGCUGCAGAAACAGGUCGUUCUCAAGCAUCUCGAUUUUUGUUAGAGCAAGGAGCUCCAGCGGGUAUUUAUGAUGAUGGAGGGACAUCUCUAUUAGUUUUAUUAAUUGAAAAAAUGCCAGAUGUUGCUAAACUUGCUUUAGGACAGUUUCAUCUUGUGGAUAAAGCGUUGCGAAAGCAAUAUUUUUAUUUGAAUUACUUGGAGUUGGACGUGUGGAGAAAGAUGGCUACUAAAGGUGGAAAAGCAAUGAGAACUUCUUUUGCUCGGACACCGUUGGAGACUAUCUGCAUUUACAAUGAAAACGAGUUAAUUAUGCAUCCAGUAAUAUUGCAACUUAUUGCAAUAAAGUGGAAUUUAUUUGGAAAAUUUUAUUCUACUAUUGAUGUGGUUUUAAAUUUCACCUAUACUUUACUUUGGACAUCACUUGGGGUUAGCCUUCCUAGAACGUUUUCAUCAACUUCAGGAUACUAUACUCCAAUUAAAAGCAAUAUUUGGCGAAUUAUUAUUGAAAUUAUUUGCAGUAUUUUGGCCACAUAUUUUAUAAUUAUGCAAAUUAUAGAGUUUCGACGAACUCAGAAAAGAGAUAGUACUUAUAAGCAAUGGCGAAUUCGUGAAGUUGAGCGUGACUUAACGUACAGUCAUCCGAGAUGGCCUGAAGAACGUCGUUAUCUAAUGACGGAAAUGGAGAACAUUCGAUCAUCUAACGCACUGGCUUAUUGGAAAAAUGGUUGGAAUAUAUUUGAGUGGGUAGCGUUCUUUUCCGUUUUACUCGUUGCUAUCACCCGAUUUGCAGCUAUUAUUAGUGGGAAAAAUAGUGUCCAUGAUUUGCACUCAAAAACAUUUCCUCUUCUUUUGAUUAUUCUAUGGCUGCGUUUUAUGAAAUGCUGCCGUUGUUAUCAAAGUUUAGGACCAUUUAUAACUAUGCUUGGACAUGUUAUAGCUGAUACAGCUAAAUUUGCUUUUCUUUUUUUUGAGUUCUUUAUCCCUUACGUUUGUGCAUUUUGGAUUUUGUUUGGUGGUUUAGAAGGAACUGAGUACGAGACAUUUAAUGACCUUGUUAACCAAGUAUUUCUAAUGACUAUUGUUGCUGGUUAUGACGUCGGUGAUCUCAUGAAAAAAGACAAAAUAAUGGCUCAAGUCUUAUCUGGUACUUAUAUGACUUUAGCCUCUGUUGUAUGUUUAAAUUUAUAUAUUGCAUUAAUGAGUGAAACAUUUAACAGAGUUUAUGGUGAUGCAACUGCUACAGCUUAUAUGCUGCAAGCCAAUCGUUUGAUGGAUUUAGAAAGGAGUUUGGGAGCUAAAAAGAAGAAUUCUGUUAAAAGAUUCAUGACAAAAGAAUGCUCACCACAAGUAGUUUACGAAACUGGUGGUGGUAAUGAUGAUGAUGACGAUGAAGAGCAGCAAACACUUAUGCUUUAUCGUUUAGUCGAUACAAUUAAUGUCAUAAAAGAGAAAGUUAUAAAUUUCUCUUCAGAGGCAGACUCCAUUCGAUGUGGAAGCAAAACACUAGCAAUACCAGGAACCUCAUUACCAGGAACGUCAGAUCAAACUAUUAAUGCCUUGUCUGGAGAAGACUUUAAAACUCAACUUGAGUUCAUAUGUCAAAGCCAGUAUAAACAUGCUACUGAGUUAAAUGAAAUUAGAUCAUUGAUUGCAUCGUUAUUAUCAAGGUUAAAUCAAUCCGAGUUACAAGAGUUCAUUUCGUCAAAGGAAGUAUCACCUGUCAAUAAUAUAGCGUCAUCUAAUGAAAAUUUUGAUGAAAACUCGAAAAGUAAAAUUAAUAUGGAUUCAAAAAUAAAGAAAGACAAUGAAAACAAAGAUGAAGAAAGCAACUAUGAAGGUGAAAGCUCAUUAGGAUCUCAAACUUGGGAUGAUAAAAUAGCAGCUUUGACAAACCAAAUAAAUGAGAGAGAGCAAGAAUCAGUUCGGAAACAAAAAGAACAAUUUAAUAACUAUUCAAAUACAAAUUUGGUUUCUAAUGAUAGUGAAAAGAAAGCACCUGAAUAUAAUCAAUCCUCGGCUUUUCAAAACGAAUCAGGUCUUCCUAAAAACAUAGCUAAUAACAAUGAAGUUUAUCAAUAUUCAAAUCAACCCAGAUUUCCUAACAAGUUUUCAAGUCUUCCACGAAACAUCUCGUUAAAAGAUAGGUCUGAUAUGUCAAACGAAUACUAUUUUCCUACUGCACCUUAUCAAAUGCAGGAAUUUUCUCCUGGUCCAAACUCAGGGUUUAUUGAUCAACGAAUGUAUCCUCAAAUGUACUAUGGGAGCAAUCACAGUCUUCCACAAGUGCCUUAUUUUUAUCCACCGUUUUACUCCGGUUACCCCCCUAUUCCUAAAGUUCAUCCUCAAGAUAAUUUACCAUCACCCCAAAGUAGUGAGAGCUCUAAAGGUUUCCAGUCAGCAAGUAACAUAUCUAAGCAAUCCAAAAACCAGGGUAAUACACAAGAAAAAUCAAUUACGCAAGAACAGAGCUAUAUAAAUGAAAAUGAGAAAAAAAAUAAUUCUCAAAAUAUUUAUCCUUCUUUAAACCGUUAUGAUAGCCAGAAGUCAAACGGUUCAUACUCCGAUAACGCCCCAUUACUUCAAUGUUUAACAGAUGACAGUGACACUUCAAAUGCUUCUACGAAGAAGAGGAGACGAAGACGAAGAAAAGGUAGUAUUGAUGAACAUGCGUGCUAAUGCUUUUUUUUUUUUUUUUUUUUUUAGCAAUUUCCUUAUUUUUAAUGACAUUUUUAAUUUAUGUAUUUAUAAAAAUUCUAAUAAACAAUAGCUUAUAAUUUUCAAAUUAUCAUAUAGUAUGCAAUUUUUCGAAGUAAAGUUCAUAGUUUACGUAGAAUUUGGUUUUUAAUUGAAAUAAAAUAGCAAAAAAGUUAUAUAAGUUUAAUUCAUAAUAAAAA